AUGGCCAGCACGAAUGCCGGCGGGGACCAGGCCACCAGGGACCUCUGGGUCUCUCACAACAAGAUGGUGAUGGAAGCCCUGGACACCAAUGAUCCCGAGGUCUAUGAUAUUAUCAAGAAAGAGAAGCGGCGACAGAGACUCGGGCUGGAGCUGAUCGCAUCCGAAAACUUUGCCAGCCGAGCCGUUCUGGAGGCGCUGGGCUCCUGCCUGAACAACAAAUACUCAGAGGGAUAUCCGGGGCAGAGAUAUUAUGGUGGGACAGAAUUUGUCGAUGAGUUGGAAAGACUUUGCCAGAAGAGAGCCCUGGAGGCCUAUGGGCUAGACCCCCAGAAGUGGGGGGUCAACGUCCAGCCCUAUUCAGGGUCCCCCGCAAACUUCGCUGUGUACACCGCCCUGGUUGAGCCCCACGGGAGGAUCAUGGGCCUGGAUCUGCCGGACGGGGGUCACCUCACCCACGGCUUCAUGACCGACAAGAAAAAAAUCUCUGCCACGUCCAUCUUCUUCGAGUCCAUGCCCUACAAGGUCAACCCCGAAACGGGCUACAUUGACUAUGACCAUCUGGAGGAGAAUGCCCGCCUCUUUCACCCAAAGCUGAUCAUUGCAGGGGUCAGCUGCUACUCCCGGAAUUUGGACUACGCCCGGAUGAGGAAGAUCGCGGAUGAGAACAGCGCCUACCUCAUGGCUGACAUGGCCCACAUCAGCGGCUUGGUGGCCGCCGGCGUGGUGCCUUCCCCUUUCCAGCACUGUGACGUGGUUUCCACCACCACCCACAAAACCUUGCGGGGCUGCCGGGCAGGCAUGAUCUUCUACCGGAAAGGCGUCCGCAGCGUAGACCCCAAGACGGGGAAGGAGGUCCUAUACAACCUGGAAAGCCUCAUCAACCAGGCCGUCUUCCCUGGUCUCCAGGGAGGCCCUCACAAUCACGCCAUCGCAGGAAUUGCUGUGGCUUUGAAACAAGCCAUGACUCCCGAAUUCAAGACGUACCAGCAGCAGGUGGUGGCCAACUGCAAGGCUUUGUCUGCCGCGCUCACCAGCUUGGGAUAUCAUAUCGUCACCGGGGGCUCCGAUAACCACCUGAUCCUGGUCGAUCUGCGCAACCAGGGCACGGAUGGGGGGCGAGCUGAACGGGUCCUGGAGCUCUGCUCCAUCGCCUGCAACAAGAACACCUGUCCAGGAGACAAAAGCGCUUUGCGUCCCAGUGGGCUGAGAUUGGGGACUCCGGCUCUCACCUCCAGAGGACUCCUGGAAGACGACUUCAAAAAAGUCGCUCACUUCAUUCACAAAGGUAUAGAGCUCACCUUGCAGGUCCAGAGCGACAUGAACCCCAAAGCCACCCUGAAGGAGUUCAAGGAGAAGUUGGUGACGGAGCCGAAGUACCGAGGGCUGCUGAGGUCCCUCGAGCAGGAGGUGGAGGCCUUCGCCGAUUCCUUCCCGCUUCCCGGCUUGCCUGUGUUGUAAAGGAGCCACACCUGGAAUGGCAGCCCCCCGCCCCCACCCCAGCUGCUCCCUUGCGAAGGCAGCCCCCCCCCCCCCCCCCCCCCCCUCCCCCUUGCGAAGGCCCCCCCCCCCCCCCCCAGUACCGUUUCCCUUGGCUCGGCCUCUGCCUUUUUAAUCAGCUUUUCAAGCAAAUUCUGUUCCUCCCCCCCUUU